UUCAACAUGGCUGGAGUUUUGUUUGAGGACAUUUUCGACGUUAAAGACAUCGACCCAGAAGGGAAAAAAUUCGACAGAGUUUCCCGACUCCAUUGUGAAAGUGAAAGUUUUAAAAUGGAUCUUAUACUGGAUGUGAAUACCCAGAUCUAUCCAGUUGACUACGGGGAGAAAUUCAGACUUGUUUUGGCAAAUACUCUCAGAGAAGAUGGCACCCCAGAUGAUGGUGAAUAUAACCCUUCUGACAGUGGGCCCUCACGUGCGGACCAGUUUGAAUACGUCAUGUACGGAAAAGUUUAUAGAAUAGAAGGAGAUGAAAGUGGAGUUGAUGCUCCAACAAGACUAGCUGCAUAUGUGUCUUUUGGUGGACUUCUAAUGAGGCUUCAAGGUGAUGCUAACAACUUGCAUGGAAUGGAAGUUGAUGACCAUGUGUACCUUUUGAUCAAGAAGUUGGCUUUUUAAAUGGGUUUGCUUCUGUGACUUAUAUAUAUGUAACACCAAGAGGAAUAAGUCUUUCUUCUUAAAACUUGUUGUCUUUAUAAAAUAAUAAUAGGUUGCAGGUAUGGACUUGUUCUGGAACCAUGAGAUGAUCAUGUUUUAGCUAUGGACCAUGGUUGUUUAUGUAAACAGGAACUGAGCAUCUGAAAUGCUUGAUCAAGAAGAUUAUCUUGUACCUUUAUGUUGGUCUUCUUAUGGCUGGCAUCAUAGCUACAAAUAAAUAUGUCUACUUUUUUGACUACUACA